AUUGUGGACAGUUCAAGUUAAAUGACACAGGUUGUCAGAUGCUUUGUUCGUUUUUAUCGAUUGUUCAUCGCCGUGUGGUUUCUUCCAGGUGAAAUGAGUGAAGACACGAAGCAGGCGGACGGAUGCUGUAUGGAGCUGCUAACCGACACGGACGUCACCUCCAUGGAGAUCACAGCCGAGCAGACGGGCUUGCUCUCCUCACCCGACGCCAUCGCCAUCACGUCCAUGGGCCGCCUGCUGGGUCAGCGGAUACACGCUGAGGUGGCCGAGUACACGGCCGUGCUGGGCCGGCUCGUGCUGGACAUGCAGCGUACCAGCGGCGCCGACGCGGCCGCCGCCCGGGUCAUUUCGGUCGUUAAGGAGUGUUUCACGUAA